UUUGCGCCCCUGCUGUACACGUCAUUGCAGCGCAGCGGUGAGGUGGAUUUCCCACUGACAGAGACGAGCAGCCGUGCGCUUCAGCCUCAGGAACAACACACCGUUUUCUCAGCCAUGAAGAUGAUUUGGAUAGCCGCUUUCCUCUCCCUGCUGGUGUGCGCCUGCUCGGGUGAGAGCUGCAGGGAGCCGGUGAUCAGCACGUCGGCCUACACCACCUCAGACGCUGUCAUCUCCUCUGAGUCUGUCUUCAUCGUGGAGCUCAGCCUGGCCUGUGCCAACGGAGCUCAGAGUGUGGCUCUGUAUGCUGAUGUCAAUGGAAGGCAGUUCCCUGUGACUCGGGGUCAGGAUGUUGGCAAGUACCAGGUGUCCUGGAGUCUCCCACACAAACAGGCCAGCUCUGGGACUUACCAGGUCAAGUUCUUCGAUGAGGAGUCCUACAGUGCUCUGCGCAAGGCCCAGAGAAACAACGAGGAUGUGGAUGCCAUCGAGCCGCUCUUCUCUGUCAACGUUGAUCAUAGGGGUGCCUGGAAUGGCCCAUGGGUGUCUACUGAGGUGCUGGCCGCCCUCAUUGGUAUUCUGGUCUACUACCUAGCCUUCAGUGCCAAGAGCACCAUUCAGGCAUAAAUGGAUCCACAGUCGCUUUUUAUCCACUGGAUCUUAAAAGACUGAAUUCUGGUGGGACUUAGCUGCCAGUCUGUCAUCCAGUACUGUGGCAAAUCAGCAGAACAUUGCCACUCAGACUGCUUUGAGACGAAGAGACGGAGCAGCAGUCUUUGUAUUUUUUUUUUCUUUUUUUUUUCAUUCAGACUGUGUCUGUUUGCUAUCAGUCUUGACAAUGUACAGAUGAUUUUUUCUCAUGGUUUAUCUUGUCAAUGCAGAUGGUAUUUUGUCUUUUUUUUUUUUGUAAAACCAGACGAUUGCAAUUGUACCACAUUAUCUAAACUCAAGAAAUACACAACAUGUAUUUGGUCAUGUCUGUCUAUAGAAAUGCCUACUGUUGAACUUGCACAGAUGUCUAUGCGGAUAAAACACUCAUGUUGCUUCCUAUGGGUAAAGCAAUUAAAGUGGAGUGCAGAUGUGCUGAAAAUCAGUAGCAGGACGGGUGUAAGCUAUAGAUAAAAAAUAGCAAUGUCUACGAUCAAUAAUGUGGCUGCACUGGCUGGUCUGAACGGACCAAACAUUGUGUAUUUGGCUCUUCCAGGAAACAGGUGAAUAAAUGGUCUGUUUUUCUCCCAG